UUUAUUAUCUCUCCUUUCUUUGUUUCUCUCUCUACUCUAUCUCAUCUCCCCACCCUUCCAAAAGUCAGCGCCUUCUCUUGUCUCCAUUCUUUCAUUCCUUCUUCCUUCUUUAUUCUCUCUCUCCUCAUUUCAUCCAUGGAAAACCCUCCAGAUUGGGAUCUACUCGCCGUAGUCAGAAGCUGUUGCACCACUACAACAACCACAUCAGCCACCACAUCAACGCCGGAUCUACAACCUUCUCCACCACCACUACCACCAACACCACCACCAUCUACGUCUUCCCAGUUCACCCCUCUUCCUCAACAACAGCAAUUAAAACAGGAGUCAUACUUUUCAUCUUCAUCUCCUUGUUCAUCAACUGGGGGUGGUGUUCUUUUCCAGUUUUCAAACCCCUUUGAGUGUUCUUCUUCCUCAACGACGUCGUUUGAGUUGCAGGAUAUUUGCAAACCUUUGAUUUGCUCCACCAUUCACAAUAACAACAACAACAACAACAACAACAACAACAACAACAACAACAACAACAAUAACAGUAGUUGUUUCCAGUCUCUAUCCUCUGUUUCCUUAGCAUCCCCUGUUUCUUCGCCGUCGUCGGUUAUCACCGGAAGAUCUUUUGGAGUUGGGGAACAACAACAAACGCAGCAAAUUCGAGGAUUAAUUAAACCUUCUCAUGUCAUUUUUGGAACUUCUCCUUCUAUUACUACUUCUAAUGCUCAGAGAACAAAGAAAAGGAAGAAUUUGAUGAAGAAAGUGUGCCAUGUUCCAGCAGAAGGUCUUUCCUCUGAUAUGUGGGCUUGGAGAAAAUAUGGCCAGAAACCCAUCAAAGGCUCCCCAUAUCCAAGGGGAUAUUACAGAUGUAGCAGUUCGAAGGGGUGUUUAGCCAGAAAACAAGUAGAGCGCAACAGAUCAGACCCUAAAAUGUUCAUAGUCACCUACACAUCAGAACACAACCACCCUAUGCCGACUCACAGGAACUCCCUCGCCGGAAGCACACGCCAAAAGCCUCUCUCCUCCGCCGGAACACCGCCAGAGCAGCCCUCCUGCUCGUCUCCCUCCGCCGCGAGUCGUUCUCCUUUGACCGAGAAGUCAGAGUCCAAGACAGAAGGGGAUGAUAUGAUCAAAGAGGAGGAUGAUACUAGUGAGAUGGCUCUAUCCGAUUUGAUGCUAAAUGAUGAUUUCUACGUGGGGUUUGAGCAAAUCGACGGCUCAGAUGGUAGUGAUUGCUUUUCAGAUCAUUUUUCGCCGUCGUCGGAUUUUCCUUGGUUAAGCAGCAGUAGUAGUACGGCAGCCGCCGCUGGAGGGAGUUGACUUAUUCCGGUAUAGGUUGACUUUUAAUUUUCCGGCGGGGAGGAGUUUCUAGUGGUUGUUUGUUGAUGAUGGUGGGAUUGACUUUUUGUUCAUUGACAUGAUGCCUUCCCACUUUAAUAUGGUCAACUUUUAUUUUAAUUAAUUAAAAUUUACCUUUUUGUGCUUUUUUGGAGGGGGAGGUGGGAAAAAUGCUCUCACUAUUUGUCAGAAUCUCUGUAAGGUCACAAUGGCAUUGUGGAUUUGGAAGGUAGUGGAGAUUAACAGUAAAAAAAAGUUAGAGAGAGAAAAGAAGAGAGAGAGAAGGGAUUUUUAGUUGGUAGAAUCUCAAUUCUCAACUAAAGUAACUUUUUUUUUUUGAUAUUUUUUUUAUGGUGAUUUGUAAGUGAAUGUAAUGGGAAUGGUCCAUUGAUUGAUAGGACGAGGAAGGAGAACCUUGUAGAGGGGAAAACAAAAGGGGGAUAGGGUUGAGGUGCAUAUGCUUAUAGUUAUUCUUUUGUUUUUGUGAAGGAAGGGAAAAGAAAAGAAAGGAAGAGGAAUAGAUCAUAGUAGCAUAGUGGUACUCGUAGUACUUAGCAAUAAAACUCAUAAAGUUAUUUAUUUGGUAUA